AUGUACUCCAACCCGUCUUCUUCACGGGUGCCCCCAUCUUAUUUCUUUUUAAGGUUGGAUGUCAUGCAUACCAUUGAGGGCGGCAACAGGCAUGGUAACAGACAGGCAACAGCCUGGGCAGCAGACUGGGCAAAGACAUGGCAAAGACAUGGGCAAGCAAGGCGAAGAUGCAUGCUCGUUGUAUUCUUGUCAUGUCAUAAAAAUAGGAACUGGCUUCUUCCGACAUGGUCUCGAGAGUAUCCAAAAUACCCAGCUCGGCCCCCGAUUCCUGCUGUCCCCAUUCAUGCAGUUGCAUCUCUUCUCGCUUCUUCGGCCUCGGGCGAUUGA